AUGAACGGAACCUACUCAACCUAUGUACAAUAUGCUAAAAUUGUCGCUGACAUUGGUUUCCUGUCAGCCACGAUUUGUUGCUCCAUCUUGAUCUAUCUAACGAUUUUCAAAGUCAAACGAAAUUUCGGAAGCUAUACAUAUUUGUUGGUUUUGUUCCCAGCGCUUGGCAUCUUUUUCGCGACACUCGAAAUUGUUUUGUACCCGAACGUCUUCCAUCACGACGCCUCAUAUGUCUUCUACAGUACAAGUCGUCCAUUCGGCUUGGGAAAAGAUGCAGUUACCAUUGCGUUGGGAUUUUAUGGUGUAGUUUAUGCAUUCACUGUUUCAAUGUUAUCAGUACAGUUUUUAUAUAGAUAUUGGGCAAUUUUUCGCGAAACCAAACUCCUAUAUUUCAAAGGUUGGAGAUUUUUCAUUUGGAUUCUCUAUUCCUCUUUCUUUGGGUUCCUAUGGGGCUAUGGACUUAUUCUUUUUAACGAAAUUGACGAAUACUCCAGAAGCUAUAUAAACGAAAGCAUGAGAGAAAAAUUCGGAAUCGAUGUUUCAGAACUUUCGGGAACGAUUUUAGUGGCCUAUAACCCCGAUAAUUCCAUCAGAUGGUGGAAUGUGUCUGCCACUUUGAACAUGUCAUUUGUCGCGUCUGUACAGUAUACUUUGAUCAUCUACUGUGCAGUUAGAAUGUAUCUGGGAAUGGAGGCCAAGAUUCAGAUGUUAUCCGUGUCUUUGAGAACAUUACAUCGACAAUUCUUCAAAACUUUAGUCCUUCAAAUGGUGAGCCCAACUAUCACUCUAUUUGCUCCAGCGAUGCUUAUUAUUUAUCUUCCACUUUUUAAUCUAAAAAUUAAUCUACCAACCGGAAUCUUUCUAUGUGCGUUCACUUUAUAUCCAGCUAUGGAUUCGAUGAUAGUGGUUUAUGUUGUGAAAGAUUACAAAAAAGCUGUGAGAAGUACACUUAAAGACUGCAUAACGCCAAUAUAUUCGUGGCUGUCGAGUGGAGAGAAGAAUCAAACAGUGCAAGGAACUCGGAGCAAUAAUAUUCCACUUAGUUGA